UUCGUCAAGCGCCGGCAGCUCAAAAAAUGUCCAAAAAUGAUCCGAGAAAAGCCGCCGAUUUGAUCAUCUAUCUGGUCUACGCAUUUCGGUUUCACCAACGCAAUAUUUUUUUGGAGAAUGUCUUUGGAAAAAAUAAAUCCGAAACCAAGAAUAUGACGGAAGUGUCCAGAAUUAUCGGCGAAAUGUUGUACGAGCAGGCGCACGGAGCUUCCAUUGGUUCCGGUGCCAUUGCAUUGAACGACGCCCUUUGUGAGAAUCUUUUUGCCUUGUACGUUUGCGUACUAAAUGGAAUUUUCUUGAUUAUUGUCGGACGCCCUGGAUCAUCGAAAUCUUUGUCAGUGGAAAUCCUCAAGCUGGUUCUAUCUCCUGGCAACCACACACUCCGGCACAGUUUAGGAGAUUUGCCGGCCAUCACUGAACUUUAUUUCCAGUGUUCUCCGAUGUAAACAUCUUCCGGAUUCUA